CCUCAACCUCCUGUUUCCUAUUUUUUUGGGUCCCUUUCUGCAGCAUCAACAGACUGAGUGUGUUCAAGCUUCUGGGCAGUUAUGGUGGCAUGUUCUGCAGUCAUGGCUAGAGUCUGGUUAGCAUUUUGUCAACUGUUCUUCUUAUUUACAAGCACACCCUGUCUAGAUGUGAGUCAAAUUCUAGUGCCUACAAAUGAUGGAAUUUCUGGAGUGUUGUUAGUCCAAGCCAAGAAUAACGUGUACAGUUUUAAUGCCACCACAGCCAGAGAGGCAUGUGAGGCUAUUAAAAUGAGAAUUGCAAAUCUAGCUGAAGUGAAGACAGCAAACCAAAAUGGCUUACAGACAUGCAGGUUUGGUUGGAUUGAAGAGCAAAUAGCAGUUAUUCCUCGAAUUGAGAGAAGUGAAAAAUGUGGUCGGAACAAUUCAGGUGUUAUAAUUUGGAGAAUUAACAUCAGCAGAAUGUUUGAUGUUUAUUGUUUUAAACCAGCAGGUCCUGAUGGAUCAUUUGAAACAACAUCAAGCAGGCCUCAACCCACAACAGGAGGAAGAACACCAUCAAACAAGCAUUAUCCCACUAAAACAACCCAUCCAUCAUCCAUUAAGUCAGCCUCUUCUCCUGUCUACACAUCCACCCCAUCCAUUUCCUUUGCUUUCAACACUUCCUCCACAACAUUUAUAACACUUAGCCUUUCUAACAUCAGUGACAGUUCCCAGGCAACAACAAGUCCUCUAUCUCUUUCAUCUUCUACAACCUCACCCAAAUUCUCAACCUCAUCCCCCUCUUCUUCCUCUCAUUCAUCCACUUUUCUUUUUCAGCAUACUUUAACUUCCACAGGUCAGCCUGCACUAUCCCAGACCACUACACCUAACAAAACAUCCCAGCAUACUUUAACUUCCACAGGUCAGCCUGCACUGUCCCAGACCACUACACCUAACAGAGCAUCCAGAGCAACUCCCAAAACAUUUGUCAUCAUUUCUUUCGUGUUACUGCUCUUGUUGGCAGCGGCAGGUGCAGCUUGGUAUCUAAAAAUCAAAAGACGACAACGGUUUCCAUCUUGGACCAGAAUGAGGCCAAAACAGAUAACUGAAACAGAGAUGUGGAAACAAAUAAGUGAGAGGCAUUGUGUGCCAGAACAGAACAGCAAAGACAAUAACUUUAGAAAAUGCAACAACAUCAUCCUUCAACUGGAACAAGACCCAGACACUCCCUAAGAAAACACUGUAAUUUUUUUUUUUUCUGUCACUGUAACUGCAUGUAAAAGAGCAGCUUGCACAUUAUUCUGAUGUUCUCCUUUUGUGUUCCACAGAAGAAAGUCCUGCAGAUUUGGAAAAACCUUUUCGUUUUUGAGGUGGAAUAAACAAUGAUACUUCA